AUGCGAAAGCUGGAGAGAUUUUUCGAUGGGUAUGGACAGUAUGUGGCAAGAAAACCAUUCUUUUUCAUUCUAGUCCCUGCAUUACUCACAAUUGUAUCGACGUUUGGAUUUCUCUCAUUUUCCACUCAAGACGACAUUUGGGACAUUUACGCCCCGACAAAUGGGUUAUCAAGAGUGGAAGAAGCAGGUAUAAAGAGGUUCGAGUACGCGUCUGGGUCUCAUCAUCAUCGAGUAAGUAUUCCUUUUGUUCUAAUUCAUUUUCUAGUUCUUUUUCCUCUUUGUCAGAUGCAAAUCCUCGUGUCCAAGAAGAACAGAGGGAAUAUAUUGACAAAUGAAGCACUCGAUGAAGUGUCGCAAGCACACAAGUUUGUUGCCGACAAUAUUACAGCAUGGGACGGAAAUCAUCAAAUUGCAUACAAGAAUUUGUGUGGAAUCUAUUGUAAUGAUAGUAACGCCGCUGUACUCGCAUUCUUACAAGCCACUCUGAAUGAUACUGCGAGAAGCUCAUUCAAGCUGACAUUUCCCAAUGCGGAGGCUCUACAGAAGAAGAUUUUCGUUGGAUAUUCCUUGGGAGAUCUGAAACUUGAAAAAGGAUAUGUGACAGAGGCAAAGAUGGUGAUUCUUCAUUAUAUGGUCGACACUUCACUCCCCAAUGGAAAACAAUUAGCAGCAGAUUUCGAGACCAAAGUCAGAAACUUCUUCGCUUCUAUGACAGAUAUCUCUCAUCAUAUCAAAUACUCCGUGUUGUCUAGGACAAGGGAACUUGAAGAGCAAAGAGCGAUUACAAUAACAUCACUACCAUUCUUGGGAUUGACGAUAAUUGUUCUAACUGCAUUCAUGUUGGUCACUUUGGUUCGAUUCCCAUUGUAUACCAGUCAGCACUGGCAGAGUAUUGUUGGAGUCUUAUCUCCGGGAAUGGCUCUCUGGACGACUACUGGACUUCUCUGGGGACUUGGAUACCCAUUCAGUAAUAUUUUGACAGUUGUACCAUUUUUGGUAGUCACUAUUGGUAUUGAUGAUGCCUUUUUGAUUUUGGCUGGAUGGAGACAAUCCACAAAAGGAGAAUCCCUGGAUGUUCGUCUUGGACAAUCGGUAGCCAUUUCUGGUGCUUCUGUCACUGUUACAUCUGUCACAGAUGUCGCCUGUUUUGCCACUGGUUUAUUUUCAAACAUGCCAGUAGUGCAACUAUUCUGUCUUUAUACUACCGUUGCACUUGCCAUUGAUUUCGUCUACCAAAUGACAUUUUUCACGGCUCUAGUUGGAGUUUUUGUUCGGAAACAAGUGGAUAUUGAAAAGGAAUUAACCAAGACGGAAACCAAAAUCGAGAAGACAAAAGAAGAAGAAGGGUCUUCUUCCUCUUCUUUAGGAUCUCUUCUCACAUUUGUUCCAACGAUUUCUCAAGAAGCCCACAUCAGAAAUAUUCUAGAAGUUUUCAUCGAUUUUCUACAUACUUCAAUUGCCAAAGUCAUUGUUGUCCUCGCGUUUUUCGCACAUAUUUCGGUACUACUCAUAUCUAGAAUUUCAUCUCGAAUCAUCAUUUAUUUUCAGAUCUGUCUCGCCCUCGUUUCAAAUGUCAACACUGACUUUGACAUGGAAAACCUGUAUCUUGAAGACUCUCCCCUCACUGACAUAUCGAGAAGAAUGCAGAAUUUCGUUCUUGGGGAAGCGUUUGUAGUCAAUUUUGGAGUUUAUCCAAUGCCAGACUUUGAUAAUGCAGAAAUUAGAGAAAAGUUCGAGGAUAUGGUGAAGAAAUUGGAGACCAUGCCAGAUUAUGGUGCUGGAAAAGAAAACACGAAUCUGUGGACAAGAGAGUAUUCUAAUGCUGUCGCUUUCUGGGGAGACACUGAAGAUUUCUGGCAUAAAGAGGAUAUGGUCAGUAACUAUAGAGAAUAUGGGAUGGAUGAAAAAUACAUUACAAUGGCAAAUGAUACUAAUGGAGAUGAGAUUAUCGACGGAUUUUUCUUCACUAUCACUUAUCAUAACUUCUCGAAUUUCCUUCAAGUUGAAUCAUUUCUAGAGGAUAGAAGAGAGAUUUUGAAGAAUUAUUCUUCAUUCUUCACAGUGCAUUCACAUCAUCCCUUCGAGAAAGUUCCAACGGAAAGUGCAGCUUCUGCUCCAUUCAAUUUCAUCUCUACUUCAGUAUCUGCCGUUGUCUUGAUGUCUCUUCUUGUCUUGGUGUUCGUGAUGAACUUCGAAGCAAUCAUCUCCGUUGUCGUUUCGAUCGUAUCUAUUUGUCUUGGAAUCGUGGUGUAUCUUCAUCUUUGGAACGUCAAUCUCGAUGCUGUUUCACUUAUUUCCAUGCUGAUGUCUAUUGGAUUUUCAGUCGACUAUUCUGCUCAUGUCUGUUAUCAUUAUUUUGCUCAUGUGCAUAUUGACGAGCAACUUUGGAGAUCUCACAUCUACGCUGAAACCAGGGACCGUCUUUUGUCCACGUUCCGCGGUGUUGCUUGGCCAGUAAUGCAAUCAGGUCUUUCCACGAUUUUGGGAAUGUUCCCACUUAUGUUCGUUCGCGCCUACGUUGUUGCUGUCUUCUGGAAAACUGUGAUUCUCGUUGGUAUUCUUGGAAUGCUCCAUGCUCUCGUCCUUCUUCCAGUCAUUUUCAUUCUAACUCAUGACGUAAAACUUCUCUUCCGUAGGAAACGAACCGUUGCUCCAUCUUCUCAUUCCAUGGAGCUGGCUUCUUAA